AUGAAGUACUCUCUCACUCUCCUCUCCAUGUCCAUGGCCUCAGCCAUGGCAAGCCCUUUUGCCUCCAACACCCAAAAGUGCAACAUCGCCCCCAGCGCCUCCACCAACCGCAAGGUUCAACCUUACCAUACCGGCAAGGCUGAUACCGCCAUCGACUGCCAGACCUUCUGUGCCUCCGAUGACUUCUGCAAGAGCUUUGCCUUCGGUCUCGUCAAGGGUUCUUCGCACCCAAGCUGUCUUCUCUUCAAGGUCUCAGCUGCCGAAGUUCCUGCUCGCAAGGAUGGUCUUCACGUCUUUGACAAGCAGUGUGCUGCUGAUCGUGUUCCCACUUCUGCACCUACCACUGCUCAGCCUUGGGGUACUGUUCCCAAGAAGGUUCUUGUUCGACGAUCUUUGAAGUGCAACUGUGCUGCUUCAGGUUCUGCGAGCAGUGAUGUUGAGCCUUUCAAGACUACUACUGCUGCUACUGCCAAGGACUGCCAGGCUCUUGCUGAAGCGGAUUCUUCUUGCCAGAGCUUCCUUUAUGGCCUUCCUAGCGGAUCAAGCACUCCUGUUUGCAAGCUUUACAAGGUUGCGGCUGCCAAGGUUCCUGCUCGUGGCGACACCCUCUUUGUCUUUGACAAGGGCUGCUCUUCUAAGCAGGUUCCUACUACUCCUCCUACUGAGGAUGCUCCCCGCGGUCUUGUCGAUACUGCCAAGGCUACCAGAAUCCAGAACCCUGCGCCCAAGGCCACCAAGGCUGCUGAGGUGAAGGGUGAGAAGCAAGUGAACAACGACGCUUACAAGGUUUCUAACCCCAAGCCCAAGACUACCAAGGUCCAGAAGUCCAAGGCUAAGGCUACCAAGGUCGCCAAGGUCGAGGAUGACAACACUCAGUAUGCUCAGGUUGGUGAUGACUCUGUCAAGCACCAGGCCAAGGUUACCAAGGUUGAGAACAAGCAGCCCAAGGCUACCAAGGUCGCCAAGGUCGACAAUGAGAAGGUCCAACAGAACCAGGAUGACAAGUCUAGCAAGACUCAGGCCAAGAACACCAAGGUUGACAGCAACAAGCAGCCCAAGGCUACUAAGGUCCAGAACAAGAAGCCUCAGGCCACCAAGGCUGCCAAGGUUGAGAACAAAGACGACUCCAAGAACACCAACUACAAUGUCAACCAGGGCAACAACGAGGACAAGAACGUCAAGGCCGACAGCCCCAAGACCCUCGCUACCAAGGUCCGCAACAACGAGCAUCAAGCCACCAAGGCCCAGGCCGUUGAGCACCAGGCUACCCAGGCCAACCAGGCUGAGGGUAAGAAGUCUGCUUGCAAGACUACCAAAGGUUCUGCUGCUCAACCCAAGAUCACCCAGGCUUAG